AUGAUUUAUCAUAAUUUUAUCAAUGUUGUUCGUGCAGCAAAUGAGACAUUUGAAAAGGUAGCAAGCUUUGGGCUUCAAGCUAAUAUGAAAUUGUACUUGAUAUUGGAAUAUAAUAUGGAUAGCGCAACUGGAGCUAUUGAAUUGUUUCAGUGGUCAGCCAUUUCAAAUCUCAUUACGAUCAUAGGGGCUUUCCUUUCUGAUUCUUACUUGGGCCGGUUUCGGGUGAUUGCAUAUGGGACUAUAAGCAGCCUUCUAGGAAUGAGCGUGUUAUGGUUGACAGCAAUUUUGCCACAAGCAAGGCCUCCACCUUGCAAGCAUAAUAAGGGAGGAGAAAAGUGUGUUUCCCCGAGUUCAGCACAGCUUGCACUUUUCUUCUCUGCGUUUGUUCUCAUGUCAGUAGGAGCCGGUGGCAUUAGGCCAUGUUCCUUGGCCGUUGGUGCUGACAAAUUUAACCAGCUGAUCUUACAAACCUUCUUCAAUUGGUAUUAUGAUUCAGUGGGAAUCUCAGUGAUGCUUGCAGCGACAGUAAUGGUUUGUAUUCAAAAUGCAAAAGGUUGGGUUGUGGGUUUUGGAAUUCCUGUUGUGCUCAUGUUGUUCUCUUCCACUAUGUUUUUCUUGGGUUCUCCUCUUUAUAUCAAGAUGAAGGCAAAGAGUAGCUUGCUUACUGGAUUUGCCCAAGUGAUUGUGGCAACUUGGAGAAACAGACACCUAUCCUUGCCAGAGCCACCAUUGGAAUCUGAUGGAUGGUACCAUCACAAGGCUUCAAAGCUGACCGCACCAACGGACAAUAUGAGGUUUCUAAACAAGGCUUGCAUCAUUGGAAACCCUUUGAAGGAUUUGGACUCAGAUGGCUUGGCUAUGGACCCCUGGAGUCUAUGCACAAUUACACAAGUAGAAGAGCUUAAAGCUCUUAUCAAAGUCCUCCCCAUUUGGUCCACUGGCAUACCAGUAGCUGUGACACUUAACGAACAUUCAUUUGGCGUGCUCCAAGCAAAAAUCAUGGACAGACGCUUUUUUCUUUCCAAGUUCAAAAUCCCACCAGCCUCCUUCAGCGUCUUUGGAAUCCUGAGUAUGACAGCAACCGUGGUCUUCUAUGUUCAAGUUCUAGUUCCCUUCCUAUCAAAGUUCACCAAAAGGAAACGGGGGCUUAGCCUUAGAGAACGCAUGGGGAUUGGUAUAGCAAUCUCAUGUCUAGCCACUGCAGUUUCAGCCAUUGUAAAAAGGAACAGUGGCAACUCCAAGAAUUUUUCUCAGAGUAUUCCUUGGGUCGUGGAAUUGUUGAAAGUUAUUUGGGGUUUUGAGGAGAGAGACUGA